CCAAACACAAACCAUGGCGUUCUCUCCUUUAUGGCUUUCGUUUUUUCUUGUCUUCUCUAUCGCAACUAUCAAUGCAGCUUUGACAGCACAAGCAUUCACGGGGACGUAUGGAAUAAACUAUGGCAGAAUAGCAGACAACUUACCUUCACCGGAAAGUGUGGUGACACUUCUCAAAGCUGCAAAGAUUAAAAACGUAAGAAUCUAUGACGCUAAUCAUGAAGUCCUCACAGCCUUCAACGGAUCUGGUAUAGAGAUAGUGGUUGGACUCGGCGGCGAGUUUCUGAUAGAGAUGAGUGUAAACGAGGAUCGUGCAAUGAGUUGGAUAAAAGAAAAUGUGCAGCCUUUCCUUCCUGGUACUUCUAUACGUGGAAUUGCAGUCGGGAAUGAGAUCUUAGCGAAUAAAGAUCGUCAAGAUCUCUGGGAGGUGUUGCUGCCUGCUGCAAAAAAUGUUUACAAUGCCCUUGAUAAGUUGGACUUGACCAAGGUUGUUCAAGUACAAAGCCCACAUUCACAGGGUGUGUUUGCUAAUUCCUUCCCUCCAUCUUCGUGCAUUUUCAAGGAAGAUAUUGUUCCAUACAUGAAGCCACUUCUGCAGUUCUUCUCGCAGAUUGGUUCUCCAUUUUUCAUAAAUGCGUAUCCAUUCCUGGCAUAUAUGAGUGAUCCUGAGCAUAUUGACCUCAAAUAUGCUCUCUUCCAAUCAAAUCGUGGAAUUUAUGAUGCAAAGACUAAGUUACAUUAUGAUAACAUGUUCGAUGCCCAGAUUGAUGCGGCUUAUGCUGCUUUAGAAAAAGCUGGGUUUGGCAAGAUGGAGAUCAUAGUUUCUGAAACUGGUUGGCCUUCUCGUGGAGAUGAGAGUGAAGCAGGUGCCUCAGAGAAAAAUGCAAGAACUUACAACAGUAAUUUGCGCAAACGGCUAGCCAAAAAGAAGGGGACCCCAUAUAGGCGAAAGAUUCCGGUGAAGGCUUAUGUUUUUGCUUUAUUCAAUGAGAAUUUGAAACCUGGAGGAACCUCCGAGAGGAACUUUGGAUUGUUUAAAGCAGAUGGAAGCAUUGCAUAUGAUAUUGGCUUCACUGGGCUAAAGUCUUCUUCAGCAGCAUCGUCUCUGCUCUCUUUCAAGGGAAUUGGAUCAUCAUACAUGCUGGUUUUUGCAAGCUGUGCUGCAAUUCUGCUGCUGAUUUUUUGACAUCAUAAUUAAUUCAUUACUUCAAAAAUCAUACCGAUUGCUUGAUCUAUGCUUGCUAGUUUACAGCUUUAUCAGCUCAGGGAAUUAAGGAAUUGGGUUCGGGUUCGGGUUCUUUGAAUUCAUACCGAUUGUUAUAACAUGAUCGAUCCCUGGCCUCCUCGUAUAGCCACUUUAUCUUGUACAGACACUCAUUCAUGGAACAGUAAUAUAUA